CCUCCGCGUUGAUGAAACUUCGCUCUAAUUCCCGAGCUGGGGUUGGCGUAAACCAUGCUAAAGUAAAGCCUAAGAUUGCUGUGUUGACCAUGCUAAAGAGGCUGGACAAAAUAAGGUUCAGAGGUUCAAAACGUGAUGAGCUGCUGGACCUUGCCGAGUCCCCCACAGCUUCGGAUAGCGAAGGCUUUGAGGAGAUACUAACGAGGCCUCGGCUUUCGCUCCGAGAACCAGAAGAGAUGAAGGACCCAGCUGGAUUUGGGACUCUAAACAUGGCCGGCGUGCAGGAUUUAAGGAGUGACUCUGAGCGUCUCAACGAGGUUAAAGGUCAUCUGGAGAUUGCCUUGCUGGAGAAGCAUUUCCUACAGGAGGAGCUGAGGAAGCUGAGAGAGGAGACCAACGUAGAGACGCUCAAGCUGGAGCUCGAUAAGGAGCGCUGCAGGAGGCUGGACCUGGAGCAGAAAAUGAAUGAAGUGCUGAAAACUCGAUUAGAAGACUCUCCACCACAACCUUCCCGUAAACAGCAGUCACCAUCUGCCAAUGGCACAGACAAGCAGCAGAAGGAGACGCUGAGCUCUCGGGUGCAGAAGUGGCUCUAUGAUCGUUUCGGUGUUUACAUCGAGGAUUUCCGGUUCCAGCAGGAAGAGAACACAGUGGAGCCAGAGGAGCCACUUAGUGCUAAAAGGUUAACAGAAAACAUGAGACGACUUAAACGAGGUGCCAGACCUGUAACUAACUUUCUGAGGAACCUGUCAGCCUUAUCCAACUGGCACUCAGUGUACACGUCAGCUAUUGCCUUUAUAGUCUAUAUGAAUGCUGCAUGGUAUGGCUGGGCCAUUCCUAUGUUCCUGUUUUUAGCCAUCCUGAGGUUAUCGUUGAAUUACCUCAUUGCAAGAGGGUGGAGGAUUCAGUGGAGUAUUGUGCCUGAAGUUUCUGAACCUGUGGAACCUCCAAAAGAAGACCUGACUGUGUCUGAAAAGUUUCAGUUAGUUCUUGAUGUUGCACAAAAAGCACAGAAUAUUUUUGGAAAGAUGGCAGAUGUUUUGGAGAAAAUAAAAAAUCUGUUCAUGUGGGUGCAGCCGGAGAGCACUCAGAAGUUAUAUAUCGGUCUGUGGGUGGCCUUCAUUUCGUCCUGCGUCCUGCCCUACAAACUCGUGGGCUUCCUUAUCGGGCUGUAUGCGGGCAUCAAAUUUUUCAUCAUCGACUUCCUGUUUAAGAGCUGUCCCAAGCUGAGGGACAAGUAUGAUACGCCUUACAUCGUGUGGAUCAACCUUCCUACAGACCCUCAGCUCAAAGAGCGCAGCAAUGCCACCCUGUGCAGACGGCUGUCUUGGUGUGAGAAGGUCCAGCCGGUGGUAUCACGGAGUAACUUACCAACCAUUCAAUCGGGACUGAACAGAGAGGAGGACAGCGGACGUGCCCACAACCCUAAGAAAGGAGCCUUCCACGAGAUCUUCAACCUGCCCGAAUCAGAAAGGCCUCUUCAAGUGUGUGAAAAUGGAUGGAGGUGCUGUUUAAUAAAUCGGGACCGCAAGAUGCCCACUGACUACAUUCGCAAUGGAUUUCUCUAUGUUACUGAGGACUAUUUGUGUUUCGAGAGCUCCAGUUCCAGAUCCAGCUCCUCCAAAAAGAACAAAGUUAUUAAACUUACUGACAUCACAGAUAUCCAAAAGUAUAAAGUUUUGUCUGUGCUGCCUGGAUCUGGAAUGGGAAUCUCUAUUGCUACACCAUCAACUCAGAAGCCACUGGUGUUUGGUGCCAUGAUCCACAGAGACGAGGCCUUUGAGGCGAUCUUUACUCAGUACAUGAAAAUCAUAACCACAGCCUCGCAUGAGACCUAGCCCACCACCAGGCGACCAUCAAAUCUCCUUCUCUUGUUCCUGUCUUACUAAGCAGGCUUAUUGAGAAUCGGUCAGUCUGGUGGACUGUGAUGGAAGAGCCAUAUCCAGAUGAGCAGUGCAUUCCUGCUGGGAAUUUUGAACUCAUCACGAAGGGCUCGGGGGGGGCCGGACCUCCUCACCUGCCUCAGUAUACUUGCUCUGAUGAGCAGUGUACUUCUGAUUCUGUAUGUUUUAUUUCAUGGCUGACUUUGCACUGGCUGAGCAGGGGGAUUUCCUGUGGGAUUGCUAGCUACUGAC